AUGGCUAUUUGCUGCCUCGGCUCCGUCAGCAACUACCUCAUAGGCACCGUGCCGGCGCUCGCCACGGGGCUGCGCACGCUGGACCUGCGAUUGAACUUCCUCACGGACCUCCCAGUAGUUGCCUACUUCUGGUGUGGCGGCAGCACCAAGUGCCUCGCGUCCCUCUCCAAGUACUCCUCUGCCGGCACAGCUCAGCACCCCGUGGCGGAGUGUGCCUAUUGCGGCACCAAGAGCGUGCCGCCGUUGUGCUGGGGGGCAGGAGGGGUGUGCUCUGUGAACGCGUCUGCAACCGUGGCAGCGGGCACUGUGAGCAGCUCGUUGCAGCUCGUGCUGCCCCGCACGUGCGUGGGCAGCCCCGUGGUGGGCCUCAAAGACACCGCAGGUGAGCAAGGGGGUGUGCGAGCAGUAGCACGGAAUGUUACUGGUGGGGUGUGUGCGAUGACUGUGGCGUUCUGUGAUGGGGGCGGUGGGCGUGGUGGUGCCUGGGGCAGCGUCCACAGGGCCUAUCCCACCCUUUCUCUCCUUCCCAACUCGUCUCUCUCCCCACCGCCCUUCCCCCACCCCCUCCCCUGCCCUUGCAGCUCCGUGGGCUACAACUACCUCACGGGCGCCUUCCCUGCGGUGCCGGCGACAACCAAGGCGCUGGACGUACAGAGCAACUUCCUUUCGGCCGCCUUCCCCACCAACACGCUCACCUACUGCGCCGCCACCACCAACUGCCUCACCAACGCCAACAACUAUGCUUCGCUGGGCAUCGCGCAGCGCUCCGCCGCAGACUGCGCCAUCUGCGGCACUGACAGCGGCCAGGGCACGCUGUGCGGCGGCGUGCCCUGCCUCGUCAACACCACGCGCGUCACGGCGCCUAUCACUGCAUCUUCUCCCACACGCAACCUCUACUACACACCAGUUGCCAUGGACGCCAACACCAGUGAGUGGUGCUCUGCCACACUCACUGCCCCUUUCUCUGCCUUUCUCCCCCUCAUUUCUGUUUCCCUCCUCGCCCCCGCAUACCACCAUACUGCGUCCUCUCCUCCCACGUGCAGCAACAACUUUGCUGGCGCUGGAGUCGGUGCUGGGAGUGACGGCCGCGGACUGGUCAGCCACGACGGUGGCGCUGCAGCCCAAGGCGCUAAAGGGUGGCAGCGUGCCCAUGGCCUCCACCGUGGACGCCUACACGGUGGAGGGGCAGGCUCCUACGCCUGGGUCCUGGUGUGA